AUGAGAGUUUCAUCCGUUGCUGCUUCUGCUGCUUUGCUUUCUGCUGCGCAAGCAAACAUUAUCCUUUACAAAUCGAUCGGCAUCGACAAGAACAUUGGCUUGGACAAGAACAUCGGCUUGGACAAGAACAUCGGUCUCGACAAAUCGAUCGGUCUCGAAAAGACCAUCGGGUUAGACAAAUCGAUCGGUCUCGAAAAGACCAUCGGGUUCGACAAGACCAUCGGCUUUGAAAAAACCCUCGGUAUCGAGCUUAGCAAAUCCUUCGGGUUCGAGCUCAGCAAGUCCUUCGGGUUCGAAAAGACCAAGUCUGCUCCUCCUCCUCCUCCUGUCGUUACCGAUUACACCACUGUCACCGACGUGACUACCACCUACACCACUGAAUGUCCUGAGACUACUCCCACUCCUCCUCCCACCACUACUGAAUGUCCUGAGACUACUCUUAAACAAAAAUGGACAUAG